GCAAUCCUAUAAUAGUAUAUAUAAAGAGAGAUUGAUAGAAAGAAUAAAAUAAGGUUGGGCAGCCACGCCAUCAUUGGUCCCUUCGCUCCACUUCCAUUCACUCUGCUUCAACCAUCCAAAAUCAAUCUUCAACAGCAACAACAACAUGCAGCUGCAAGAUGCUUCUGUCGGUAAUAUGAUUUGCUUCAUAGCCUCACAUGUUGUCACUGCGUCCUUCGCCGGAAUAAUUUCUGAGCAGUCAAUGGAGGUCGUAGACCACAACAUCAUUCCCCACCUACGCACAUCGGGCUCUGGCCGUCUCAUCAAGAUUGAGAAGUUCUCUCACUAUGUCGCUAGGCAAAUGGGAUUGGAAGAGAGCGAGGUUCCAGCACUGUGCAGAUUGGCAGAUGAAUAUUUGAUAAAAUGGAAGGAAUGUGAGGAAAGUGUUGUUGAAUAUUUUUCCGACCAAAAGGACCCUACUUUAUCAGGAAAAUUGAUUGAUGAGUUUGAGCGAUGCAUCCUCAGUUAUUUUGCAUUUCAUUGGAAUCACGCUUCCUAUGUCAUUAGUCAGGUAUUGAGUGCCGAGUCACCGGAGAAAAUAGAGCUAAAAAAGUUUCUAUUGGCAGCAACAAGAGAACAGAGGUUUGAGAGAGUGAGCAAAAAUCUGAAAGUGACAAGAGUGUUUGCUACUUUAGUGGAAGAAAUGAAAGCAAUAAAUGGUGAUUCACAAAAGACGAACGAGACGACCUCCGGUAUUCAAAAUGAGAGAAGUCCGGUGCUUUUAUUCAUGGGAGGUGGCAUGGGAGCUGGAAAAAGCACAGUUCUUAAAAACAUUCUAAAAGAAUCAUUUUGGUCGGGAACAACUUCAAAUCCUGUGAUUGUCGAGGCAGAUGCGUUUAAGGAGCGUGACGUCAUAUUUAAAGCCCUUAGCUCUAGAGGUCACCAUGAUGACAUGCUGCAAACUGCCGAACUUGUGCAUCAAUCGUCCACUGAUGCUGCAUCGUCUCUGCUAGUGACAGCUUUAAAUGAGGGUCGAGAUGUUAUUAUGGAUGGUACCUUAUCAUGGGAACCAUUUGUGCAACAAACUAUUGCUAUGGCAAGAAAUGUUCACAAAUAUAAAUAUAGAAUGGGAGUAGGGUACAAAGUAUCAGAAGACGGCACAAUAGUUACUGAAAAUUACUGGGAGCAAGUAAAUGAGGGACAUCAACCACAGACACGAAAGCCUUAUAGAAUUGAGCUAGUUGGUGUGGUUUGUGAUGGAUAUCUUGCUGUUGUUAGAGGGAUUAGGAGAGCUAUUAUGACCAGGAGGGCAGUGAGGGUCAAUUCACAGUUGCAAUCUCACCAAAGAUUUGCGAAUGCAUUUCCUAAAUAUUGCAAAAUAGUUGAUGAUGCUAGGCUUUAUUGCACAAAUGCUAUCGGUGGUCCACCAAAGCUCAUAUGGUGGAAGGAUGUUGAUCAUAAUGUGCCAGAUCUCAAAGAAAUAGAUUGCUUGAAAAUGAUGGACAGAGUCAAUGUUGAAGCUGAUUCCAUCUACGAACUUUACAAAGAACCAAGUCUAAUAAUGAAACCAAGUUCUGUUUGGAAAGACAUUGUUCUUUUGCCUUCAAGGUCUAAUGAUCAAAAGAAAUUAAGGAAAUUCAUUCAAAAAAUAGAAAAAUCCAUUAGAAAAUAAUAACUAAUAUUGUUGCAUCAUAUGUUUCCCAAAGCCAAAUUUUGGAGUAUCUAACUAAGUUUGAGGUAUCAAGUUUCUUUUAAUUGUCAUUCGUAUGGUUUAGCGAGCGAAGAAAAUGAGUGAGAAGAACGAGUUCUGCAAUGAAAUCGUUUUCUCGUCAUCAAUGUGGUCAUUAAAGUUUGCUAAUGUACAUAUGUGGUGUGUGUGUAAACUUUUGAAACAUGCUGGCUUCAUUGCAGCCUUUUUAGUUGUAUAUAAUACUCUCUGAUUAAAUCAAA